AUGGCAGAUCAUACAGACUCUCCUUAUGCCCAUCCUCAUCCUCAUCAGAGGUUGGUUUCAGAUGUAGAUACUGCAAAACCACAAACUAAGCCAAAUCCGCCGAGUAAGUUCUUCUCACAUUUUCUGUCAAAAUCUGUCUUAGUUGGAAUUCUACUUGUUUUACUGCCACUUUUUCCAUCUCAAGCUCCUGAAUUUGUAAACCAGACCAUAUUAACUAGAAGUUGGGAGCUUGUACAUCUGCUUUUUGUCGGUAUAGCUGUAUCUUACGGUUUGUUUAGUCGAAGAAACGUAGAAAAUGAGAAAGAGAAUCAUUCGAAAUUUGAUACUACUCAAUCUUAUAUGUCUAGAAUUCUUCAAGUUUCGUCCGUUUUUGAUGAUGAAAUGGAUAACCCAUCUUCUUCUUCUGGGUCUGAUGAGAACAAGAUCCAGACAUGGAAUUCUCAGUACUAUCGUGGUAAUUCAACGGUUGUAGUUGCAGAAACCGGUUCUCUUCUUGAUGAACAUAAUAGAACAAUUAGUAGUAGUAACUUUAUCAGUAAUGAUAAAAGUAGUCAUAAACCUUUGAUAUUGCCUGUAAGGAGCUUGAGAUCUCAAGUUCCGAAGGUAGAUGAAACUAAACCAGUUGUUCGGCAAUCCAGUGGAUUGUCGUCUGGGUCGCUAAGUAGGUCGGGUUCAGGUGUAAAAAUUCCUUCUCAGGGUAGUCUUAGUAGAACUAGAAGUGGUGAGAAAAUGGGAGGUUUAGAUCCUUCUAUUUUGGAGGAGAAAUUGAAAGAAAAUGUAGUGCUUCCAUCUCCAAUUCCAUGGAGAUCAAGGUCCGGUCGAUUCGAGUCGAAGGACGACGUGGGUGGCGGUGGAGGCGGCGGCGGUAGCGGUACUCCACCUUCAUAUACUGUUCUUCCUCCAUCAGUUGAAGAAUCUGAAGUUGACAGAGUUAAUUCCUUUGUUCGUCGGUCCACAAUACCAUGGUCAUCUCGGCCUAAUUCAACAUCUCCCUCGCCAAGGAAGCUUUCUCCUGCACCAUCUUUUUCGUCAGAGAUUCAAGCUAAGAAUUCCGAAGAUUCGGGCAAGAGGAGGGGUUAUUACAAGUCUUCUCCUCCGCCACCUCCACCCCCUCCUCCGCCAAUGCUUCACAAAUCUCCGCCAAUGGUCCCGUCUUAUAGGCCAAUUGGUGAUCAGAUUGCAUCAACAAUGACAUUUGGUGAGGAAGGUUAUAAUUCUGCCAGAAGUUUCCAAAAUGAAUUGAAAGAUUUUAGCAGGAACAAGAGGGAGGGCUUACCACCAAGUAGAAUGAGUGUGAGUUCUUCGGUGAGGGAUUCUGAGAAACCUGAAGCAAAAUCCAGGCACAACAGUUUUGACGGGUCAUCUUCAUUGCUGGGAAAAUCAGUUCGAACUGUUAGAUUGAAUGAACAGAUGCAUGAAUACGAACGAGCAAGAGAUGUUGAACCAGUCUACGGUGGAGGCAGCAAGGCAGAAGUAUUUGAAAGUAACUCCUACACUGAAAAAUCUCCGCGAGAAGUUAGUCCUCCAAAGCCACCUACAUUCCGUAAGUAUCCAAAGGAAGAAAAGAAGAAACAGAUUUUCGAGCAUGUACUCGCAGACUCUGACGAAGAAGGAACUGAUUUCGAAACAAAUGCAAGCCAAGGAAACUCUGACGCUGAAGAAUCCAUCAUGAACAGCAACUCUGUCAGUGAAACUAGUCCUCCAAAUCCAAAUGAGGUUGAUAAGAAGGCAGAUGAAUUUAUAGCCAAGUUUAGAGAGCAGAUUAGACUUCAGAGAAUAGAUUCGAUUAAGAGAACCAGUGGGAAGAAGAGUGUUAUGAGAAACUCAACACGGUAA